AUGAAUUCCAACAAGUUGAAAUUAAUUAAGGAUGAUCAAUUAGAGUUAAUCAAAUUAGAUAAUCGUACUGAAUUAAUCAAAUCAAUUAUGCUACAUUUAUUAAAGAUAGGUCAAUGUGAUAUUGUCGAUGAAAUAAUGAAAGAAUUACCUAAAGAUACCCCAAUGAUUAUCGAUCAAGAGCUAUCAAAUAAAUUUCAAACUUUACAUAAAGUAGUUGAUAAUAUUGUCUCGAAUCAUGAUUUAUCGAUGGCUUUAAAAUGGUUAAACCAAAAGUAUAAUCAAUCGGUCCUUGAUCAUCAAACUCCUGCUGAAAAUUUUAAUAACAUUGAAUUCAAAUUUCAUAUGCUACAAUUUAUUAUCUUGUUAAAUGGAACACUGGCUGAAUUUACAUUGGAUGAUGUGUUUGCUGCCUACGUAUAUGCUAAGGAUAAUUUUGCUAGAUUUUUUAAUGAUUACCUAAAUGAAAUCUCCCCAUUGGUUAUACUUUUAUUAUUCAAAACGAAUAAUCCUAAUGAAUAUGAUGAUUUUUCUAAGAAAGUUAUGAUUAAUUCAGUUAAAGAAUUCAUUGAAAAGAUGAAGAUUGGUUUCAACCUAGAAAAUGACAAGAAAUCAAAUCAUCAUACUAAUGAAGUUAAGUUUAUUUCAGAGUUACUUUCAAGCUUUGAGAAUAUCCACACAAACCAAUCCAUUUUUGUAAAUAUUUCCAACGAAUUCAUUUCCGAGUAUUGCAAGGACUUGAAAUUAUCCAAUGACUCGUCUUUAUUCCAAGCUAUCCUAGCUGGUCAUAUUUACUUACCUAGCUUUUACAAAUAUAACCAAAUUCAAUCCAAAUUAUCCAAAUUUAAGUCGAUUCCAUCCUCGUCAUCUUCAGAUAAAUCAUCUGAUUUCAUCUCCAACUCCAAUUCAUCACAGGCAAAUCCAUCUGAUCCUAACCACCAUUCAAAGCAAGAAAACUUCAUCUCAACCUAUCACAACGAUCUCCCAUUCCAACUCCCUGACACGAAUAGAUUCCUUUUCAAACAUCAUCCAAUCUUCAUAUGUCCUGUAUCGAGAGAACAGCUUAUCCCCAUAACGGAACACCUAGUCGAAAACAACAAUCACAAAUACAUUGUAGAUAAUGAUAUGGUAAGUCAGGUGGUGGUUUUGAAUUACUGUCAACAUUUGGCAUUGAGGGAUAGUGUCUAUCAAUUGAGUAAGAAGGGGACCGAUCUGUUUAAAUGUCAUUAUUGUUAUAAGAAACAUAAAUAUGCAGAUGUGACUGAUGGAUAUUUUAUUGAUUUAUAA